AUGCUGGUGUUGGUGCUGGUGGUACUCAUCCCUGUCCUGGUCAGCUCUGUGAAUACCGAAAGCGGGCAUUACGAGAUGCUGGGCACCUGCCGCAUGGUCUGCGACCCGUACCUCAACAACAAGGGCGCGGCGGCGGGGGCGGGCGGCACAGCGAGUACCGGAUCCACGGGCGUCCAGGCCGAAGCCGAAGCCCUGGCCGACCACAGCAACAUGCCACCCCUCUCCACGCUCGUCCAGGGGCCGCAGGGGAAGCCGGGAAGACCGGGCAAACCCGGACCCCCGGGCCCUCCCGGAGAGCCCGGUCCCCCGGGUCCGGUGGGGCCCCCGGGUGAUCGAGGGGAUAGAGGACGGGGCGGUGUUUUGGGGGGUCCUGGUUCUAACGGAGCUAUCAGUACGGUUACAUACGCCACUCACCCGCGGGUGGCCUUCUAUGCGGGGCUGAAGAAUCCACACGAAGGCUACGAGAUUCUCAAGUUCGACGAUGUGGUGACCAACAUGGGUAACAAUUACGAUGGCACGUCGGGCAAAUUCAUCUGCAGCGUUCCCGGCACAUACUUCUUCAUCUACCAUGUCCUUAUGAGAGGGGGAGACGGCACCAGCAUGUGGGCUGACCUCUGUAAGAAUGGACAGGUGCGAGCGAGUGCGAUAGCUCAGGACGCGGAUCAGAACUACGACUACGCCUCCAACAGCGUGAUCCUCCAUCUCGACGCCGGCGACGAGGUCUACAUCAAAUUAGACGGGGGCAAAGCCCACGGCGGGAACAACAACAAAUACAGCACGUUCUCGGGAUUCAUACUCUACGCCGACUGA